UGUGCUUAAUUUUGGCACACUGAAAAACAUGCACUACUGAAGAAAACAGAGUGUAGAAACAGAGAAAGUCACAAAAUUCUCCAUCAAAUUUCGAUGGAUUCAUUCGUCUUUUACUCCCCAAAUUCAAUUUCAUCGCCGGAAUCCUCUUUUGGCUCACCGGAGACUCUCUCUCAAAGCUUUUCUGUCAAUAACAGCUCUCUUCCUUUCAAUGAAAACGACUCAGAAGAAAUGCUUCUUUACGGAUUAAUAGCCGAGGCAACACAAGAAGCCACAUCUGUCAACAGAGUGAAGGAAGAAGAGAUGAGUUGGGGGAUUGAAGAGAAUCGGAGUAAAGAAAAAUCUUACAGAGGAGUUAGGAGGAGGCCAUGGGGGAAGUUUGCUGCAGAAAUAAGGGAUUCAACUAGACAUGGGAUAAGGGUUUGGUUAGGCACAUUCGAUAGCGCAGAAGCAGCUGCUUUGGCUUACGAUCAAGCCGCUUUUUCAAUGAGGGGUUCAUCGGCGAUACUCAAUUUUCCGGUGGAAAGGGUUGAGGAAUCUCUAAGAGAGAUGAAGUGCAGUUUGGAGGACGGGUGUUCACCGGUGGUGGCACUCAAGAGAAAACACUCUAUGAGGAAGAAAAUGAUAAACAAAAAGAAGAAAGAGAGAGAAGUGAGGAUUGAAAAUGUGGUGGUGUUGGAAGAUUUAGGAACUGAUUAUUUGGAAGAGCUGCUAACUUCAUCGGAUCAAAACACAGAACUGCCAGUUUCAAAGACAUAAUUUAUCCUUUUUUUUUUUUUUUAAUCUUUCUUUUGUUUCAUAUAUGUUUCUUAUUUUGUUUUUUUAGGAGAUUUAGAAUUUUGUAAUAUUGAAUCCCAAAACCUUCCCUUUUUCGGAGGCAUCGGGGUAACUGUGUAUCUAAAUAAUGUCUGUUCUAUACAUUUAUGUGGUGGGCUGGAUUACAA